AUGGAGAAGAAGCAGGGGAAGGAGAAGAAGCAGAAGAAGGGGAAGAUGGGGAAGAAGCAGAAGAAGCAGAAGAAGAAGAAGAAGAAGCAGAAGAAGAAGAAGAAGAAGAAGCAGAAGAAGAAGAAGAAGGGGAGGAAGCGGAAGAAGGAGAAGAAGCAGAAGAAGGGGAAGAUAGGGAAGAAGCGGAAGAAGAAGCAGCAGAAGAAGGGGAGGAAGCAGAAGAAGGAGAAGAAGCAGAAGAAGGGGAAGAAGCAGAAGAAGCAGAAGAAGGGGAAGAAGCAGAAGAAGCAGAAGAAGGGGAAGAAGCAGAAGAAGCAGAAGAAGGGGAAGAAGCAGAAGAAGCAGAAGAAGGGGAAGAAGCAGAAGAAGGGGAAGAAGAAGAAGAAGAAGCAGAAGAAGGGGAAGAAGCAGAAGAACAAGAAGAAGAAGAAGAAGCAGAAGAAGGAGAGGAAGAAGAAGAAGAAGAAGAAGAAUAAGAAGCAGAAGAAGGGGAGGAAGCGGAAGAAGGAGAAGAAGCAGAAGAAGGGGAAGAAGAAGAAGCAGAAGAAGAAGAAGCAGAAGAAGAAGCAGAAGAAGGAGAGGAAGAAGAAGAAGAAGAAGAAGAAUAAGAAGCAGAAGAAGGGGAGGAAGCGGAAGAAGGAGAAGAAGCAGAAGAAGGGGAAGAAGAAGAAGCAGAAGAAGAAGAAGCAGAAGACGGGGAGGAAGCGGAAGAAGGAGAAGAAGCAGAAGAAGCGGGAAAAAAUGGAACAUAAAACCUUGAGGAGCAGGAAAGAGAGCUGA